AUGAAAAGGCCCAAGGGCUUAAGUGCCUCGGCUCAAGGAUCCUCAGCAAAUAAUACAUCUUUGGGAAAAGAAAAGGCUAGUUCUUCUUCUGAGCCGAAAGACUCAGGAAGUCAGCCGAAGUCUGGGAAGCCCGCUGAUAUUGACAAUAGGCCUGAAUCCGAAGAAUCCAGUGCCAGAGCAAUGGAACUGGAUAAUCAGACAGAAUCAAUAUCGUUGACCGAAGGAGAUGAUGAAAAAUGUAUAGUGGUCCUAACUGAUCAGCCGUUGGAAAAAGUCCUUGGCAAGGUGGAAAAUUCUGGUAAACUAACGAAGUGGGCUUUCGAGCUUACCGAGUUCGGUAUCAGCUAUCAGCCGAGGGCAGCUAUCAAGGCACAGGCCUUAGCAGAUUUCUUAGCCGAGUGUUUUUAUCAAGAGAAACGUGACAAAGAAAAGAAGAUCUGGACUGUUUUCACGGAUGGAUCCUCCACCGUAAAUGGUUUGGGGGCAGGGGUAGUCAUUACCUCUCCCGAAGGCAAAUCCUUUGAGUAUGCACUAAAAUUCUCAUUCAAGGCUUCAAACAACAAAGCUGAAUAUGAAGCAGCAAUUGCUAGUCUAGAGUUGUGCAUAGCAUUGGAAGCCAAACAUGUCUGUCUGAAGACAGACUCUCAGCUUGUCGCUAAUCAGAUCCGAGGAGAAUAUGAGGCCAAAGAGCCCUCAAUGGUUUCUUACCUUGCAAAGAUCAAGACUGUAAUUGCGAAGCUGAGAACUUUUGAAGUAGAGCUGAUCCCAAGAGGUCAGAAUGCUCAAGUCGACGCACUCUCUAAACUUACAAGUUCAUCUCUAACCGAGCUGAACCGAUCUGUUUAUGUGGAGGUGCGCCGAGAAAGAAGUGUUGACCAAGAACCUGAGAUUUGUUGCGUCGCACAUGAGCCAAGCUGGAUGAAUCUCAUCCUUGCUUAUAAACUUUGGGGAGAACUUCCCGAAGACAAGAAAUUAGCCUCUAAGAUGAAAAGAAUCGGUUCAAGGUUCAUCAUCUUCAAAGGGGAACUCCUGAAGAAAUCAUUCUCAGCCCCGCUAUUGAAAUGUGUGGGUCCAACAGAUGCAAAUUACAUCCUUCGUGAAAUUCAUUUCGGCAUCUGCGGGAACCACAUAGGGGGAAGAACCUUAGCCCAUAAAGCACUAAGGGCAGUAUUCUAUUGGCCAACAUUGGUUCAAGAUGCUAAGGAGCUGGUCAAAAGAUGGCUGAUAGUUGGCAUAGACUAUUUCAGUAAAUGGAUCGAAGCCGAAGCAGAUUCGAACAUUACAGAGCAAAUAGUCAGAAAGUUCAUCUGCCAAAACAUUAUCACUCGCUUCGGAAUUCCGAAGGUUUUUGUCUUUGAUCAUGGGAGGCAAUUUGUGAACUUGCCGCUAAAGCGGUACACAGAUCAGUUUGGCAUCAUAUUGACAUAUUCUGCAGUUUGUCAUCCCCAAAGUAAUGGUCAAGCCGAGGCUUCAAAUAAACAGAUCCUUAACACUCUCAAGAAGAGGGUUGAAGAUCAAAAUUCCAAGUGGAUAGAGGAACUCCCAGGAACUAUCUGGUCACUUCGGACAACAGAAAAAGAGGCAACGGGGCAUUCACCUUUUGAAUUGGUGUAUAGAUCUGAAGCCGUCCUUCCAGUGGAAAUUGGCUCAGAAAGUCUCCGAGUAAAUCUCUUCUCAGCCGGAAAAUGA